AUGUCAACAGAUAACACAGAAUUGUUAUCAAAAUUUCUUAAUGAAUAUAAUUAAUUGAAGAAAUAGAACUAAGAAUACUAAAUGAAAGAAAACACAACAUAUUAAACAUUAUCUAAUGAAAAUUCUUUAUUAACUUAAGAAUUAAAUAGAAUCAAAAAAGAAAAUCAAAGAUUAAUAGAUAAUAAUACUUUCUUAACUGAUUAACUCAAUUAAUUAAAACUCUUAUAUUCAGAAACUAAAUCAGAAUUACAAGAAUCAUUUAAUUUUAUUUAGAGUAUGAAUAAAACUAUGAAGACAGGAACUUUUGAAAAUGAAGAUAAAGAUCUUAAUAAAUUAAUGGAGAUAUUUUCAGUUAAUUCUGUAGAUUAAUUAAUAUUAACUGCUGAAAAGAUAAAGACUGUAAUGUUGGGUGUAUCUCAUUUAGAAUAAUUUUGUAGAUCAAUUUGUGAAAUCAUUUAUGAUUAACAUGAAGAAUAAUACAAUUUAGAUUAAGUAUUUCCAAUUAUAUAAAAAUGGAAAUGUGAUUCCAAAUAUGUAGAUUGUUUUCUAUUCUUUAAAAAUCAAUUAGAAUAAACAUUAUAAUUGAAACAUUCUACUGAUUAAUAAAUUAUUGAUGCAAUUAAAUAAUUAUACAAUAAUUAGAAUCAUGAUCUUUAAACUAUUAAAUCACUUUUUAAAAUAGAUACUAAUGACAAUUUUAUGUUUAAAAUAAAUCAAAUAUUUUUACUUCUUUAAGAUAUUCAACAAUUUACUAAAAUAGCAAAAAGAUUAUUAGAUUUGGAUGAAAAUAUGAAAAAUGAAGCAUGUAUGGUUUACAUUUUAAAAUUAUUGGAGAAAAUGAAAUAGAAUCAUUUUAAUGAUCCAGAUUUAAUUAUUAAAAUAAUGAAAAUUAUUAAAGUUGAACAUCCAUAAUAAAUAAUAUCAAAAUUGGAGUAAUUGACAAAUUGA